UUCGGCCAGGACCACCCUUCUGGCGUAUCAAAAUGGGUGCCAGCGCGGCUUGGGAAGGGGUCGAUGCUGUGUGUGCGAAUCUUUCCCUCCAGUAUGCUUGAGGUUGGGCAUGCGUGGAACUGGCGAAUCAACCGCUCCGGAGAGCACUGGGACCAGCUUCUGGAGAGUAUGCCUAGGGUCCCCAUCGGGACAAGGGCCACAGUUGCGAGGUGUGGUCGUCCUCCCCAUGGGUUUAGGGUUGGACCUGUGGGGGUGUCGUGGAACAACUCCUCCGGCAGGGGUCGGGACCACCCUGCCGGAGUUUUGUCUGGUGUCCCAACCAGGAUUGUGGCAUCAGCCGCGAAUCCACAUGUUGCGCAGGUUAAGUCCGUGUCGGUGUGCACUCAGGUCCAGGAGAGCGACUUGGAAUGGCUUCCUGGCGUGCCCUCGGUGGUGACCGAAAUAAUGGCGGAGACUGCCUCGGCAAUGAGAGUAGAGGCAGCUGAAGUCGUGCAGGUGCCACAGCCUGAAGAGGUCGUCGAAGCUCAGAACACACUUUCGGCUGCCGGGCCGUCUGAGUCCCCGGGAGCGUCUAACGAUGCUCCCGACGAAGUCAGGGUCCUUCUGCCAUGGGCUGCCUCGGGAUGCCCGCUGUGUGGGGUGCAGGUGACGGGCAUCGUUGCGCUUGAGCGGCAUUUCGCCGUUCGGCACGCCGGUGUUUCGGCCCUGUACGUGUGUGGCAGGUGCGGGAGGUCCAACGCCAAUAGGCACUCAAUAUCUUGUCACGUCCCCAAGUGCGGGGGCGUGGUGGGUGUUGAGGGGGAGCAGGCGCGCGGGUUCGCUUGCGAGUUCUGCGAUGCAUGGUUCACCACACCUGUUGGUGUCUCCCAGCACAAGCGACAUGCCCAUGUGGCGGAGUGGAACAGGGUUAGACUGGCGAGAGGGAAGUUGCCAACGAAGGGGAUCAAAGCGACGCGGCUAUGGAGUGUGGAGGAGGUGCGGAUGCUGAUCCGGAUGGUAGGUGAGCAUGGGGACUCCAUGGCUACCUACAGGCUUAUAGCGGAGGAACUGGGUGGAGACAAGACGGCCGAACAGGUGAGGAGCAAGAGGAGAAACCUGAGUAUCGACAUGGCCAGUGAUAGCUCACACGAAGCUGAGGACGAGGAUGACGCUCCGGCGCCAAACCUCGGACCUCAGGCUGCACAGUCCUCGGUACGGUCACCUCAGAUCCUGUCUUCGGACAGGAUCAGGGAGGUACUGGAGUCGUGGGGUGACAGAGAGGGUGGCGAGGAGGUGAGAGCUAUCGCUGCUUGGAUCAGGGACGCAGAUCAGGACCCUUUACUGAUCGAAUCCUCAGCGUCUGACAUCAUUUCGAAGCUAGGUAGGAGGGUGGAGGGGGCCAGGAUGGCCCGGCCGCCCGUUCGUGAACGUAACCUGGGGACGGACUGGGAAAGGCGCCUUUCCC